CAGAUCCAAACAAAUGACAGUAAAGUAAUUAAUCAGCUAAUCACAACAAAUUAAUUAGUUUCGCCGCUCACUCCUUGUUGAUGACGACGACUGCAUCCUUCAGCUGGGGAUCAACAUCAACCUUGCCGACUUCCACCGCUCCUCCGCCGUUCUCCUCCCCUUCCUCCUCCGCAUCCACAUAAUUAGGAUCCCUCUCGUCCAGCGCCGGUUCGAUCGCCUCCUCCUCCUCCUUGCCGGCCGGCCCCUCCCACGUGUACUUCCCGCCGCGUCCACUCUUCGGAUCGUGCUUCAGCGGCAGCCCGUCCGCCGGGUGGCGAUCCAGCCUCUGAAUGCCUUUCUCCGCCAGCUUCCGCUCCAUGUGCUUCCGGCCGUCGACGUUGCGCAUCUCCACCGGCUUCAUUUCUCAGAUCUGAUCGGAAUUGAUAAUAAGCAAGGCUUGAUUAAAUCGAACUCAAUGAACGAUUUAGAUGCUUGUGAGUGAAUGAAUUUAAUUUUGAUUUCCUGCAACACAAACGUUAUACGGAGUAUAUAUUUAUAGAGAAGAUCAAAGGAAGGAGAUAUGUAGAAGGUUCUUGAAGGUUUUAGCAUAGUCUAGACUCUAGAGAGUUGGGGAUUGUAUUAUGGACCGUACUACAUUGCACCCACCCCUGCCUCCAUUGCUGCCUCCCUAUUUAAGAUGUUUUUUUACUUUUUCUUUUUUUUCAUUCCUCCUUCCGGCUCUGCUCUUCUACGCCAGUCAGCCGCGCACGACCUCCUCUCCCUUCUGCGUUCUCCUUCGUACAAGGAAGAUCAGAUCGAUUCUUCAUCGAUCGGACACACAAAUUGCAAAUUGGAGUGGCGACCCAGCCUCUUCCUUCGCGGCCGACCAGCCACCACCACCGCCGCACCCACCCUCAGGUACCCCCCUCAAUCCAUUGCUUCCCCNCCCCCCCCCCCACCCUUGCUCCGUCACCGGCCUUCCCUGACCAACCCUUCUCCGUGUUCUUAUCACUUUUACUGCUUUUCUUGAAUUGUUACAAUUUUUUUGUUAUACAUUUUUUGAAUUUUUGUGGAGUACAUAGGGUAUUUGGUGAUUAUGGAUUUACAAACAUGUAUUGUUACACUUGUUGAGAAUGAUCAACCACAUGAUUUUGGUGGUGAAGAAGAAGACCUGGUUUUAUAUGAGUUGCAGCCCAGUUGUAAGUGUUGAUAUUUAGAUCCCAUUGUAUAUUCAUUUGAAGUAGUAGAAAAAAUUGUUUUUUUUGGUGUUACAGAGAUUAAAGUUCUGUGAACCUAAGGUUUAUCCUUGUCACAGAUGGUAAUAAUCUGUAUGCACUCUGCAUUUGGUGUAUAUUUGUUUUCUUCAUAGUCAGGCAUUGUAUUAUAUUAAAGGUAAUGUUUUUUUUGCAGCUUUUGAACCAGAUUUGUUUCUUAACGAUCCUUGCUUUCAGUAUUUAGUUAACGACGAAAGGCAAGAACAGACGAGUAGUGAGAUUGGACAGAACACAGAUGACAUUAACAAUGAUGUCCUGAAGUGGGGAUGAAGUUUACAAGCAUUGAAACAAUCUGAGAACACUAUCUGGCUUAUGCUCGAAGUGUAGGUUUCCAAUGCGGACUAGGACAAAUUGCAAAGCCAAAUCACAUAGCUUUUUGCUUUUUGUGUAAAGUAUGUAACAAAUAUUAUAACUUUCUCUGAGUUCCAUGCACAUAAACUGAUGUAAACCUGAUGUAACUUUAUCUUCACAUACAUUAAGUCUCUGUGAAGUCUGUGACAUAGACAGUUAUUCCAUGUGAGCACCAAGAAAUCUAAUACAAUUCCAUUAAUGAUUAAUUUGAGUGCCGGCUCAGUACCUGUUCGGAGGGGUGAGGCUGCCGGCGCUGGAGCUAAAGGGGUGGGCCUGCCGGCGCUGGAGCUGGAGGGGUGGGCUGGCGAGGGGGGAACCAAGAGAGGAGAGCUGGAAAUUGAAAUCCCACUUUUCAGCUCCUCAUGCUUUCUUUCACCAAUGGAACAUCCUUCCCCGUUUCUCCUUCUCUUCCUCAUAUUUUGCUCCGCCGUUGCCCCGGCGGCGGCGGGGAAUGACACUGCCGUCCUAUCACUCUUCCGCUCACAAACUGAUCCCCACGGCACUCUCUUCGCCAACUGGACACUAGCCGCAACCGGAGACACAUCCUGCUCCGCCAAUUGGGUCGGAGUGAACUGCACCAGCGGCCGCGUCACCGCCCUGUCUCUCCCUUCGCUCAGCCUCCGAGGCCCCAUCGACGCCCUUUCGUCCCUCGACCAGCUCCGCCGCCUCGACCUCCGCGACAACCGCCUCAACGGCUCCAUCGCCCCCGUCGCCCAAUGCCACAGCCUUAAAGCUCUUUACCUCUCCCGAAACGACUUCUCCGGUGUAAUCCCGGAAGAAAUCUCCUCCCUCCGCCGCCUUCUCCGCCUUGACCUCUCCAGCAACAACCUCAAAGGCCCCAUCCCCACCGCAAUUUCGAAUCUCACGCGCCUCCGCACUCUUCGGUUACAGAACAACGAAUUCUCCGGAAAUAUCCCUGAUUCGCUGGGUUUUCUCAGAGAUCUCAAUGUACUGAACCUAUCUAACAAUGAAUUUCAGGGAAUUCUUCCUCGGAGCUUAUACAGUCGAUUCGGCCGGGAAAGCUUCGCCGGAAAUGAGAGGCUGUGUGGGUCUCCUCUGCCCCAGUGCUCAUUCUCCGGGGAGACCCCACCAAAUCGCUCAGCUUCUCCGACCGUUCCUUCCAAUCCAAGCUCAUUACCCGAUAAUUCCACCAGUCCCGAUGAAAGCCCACGAAAAGGAAUGAGAAGAGCCACGAUCGUGGCCAUCGCAGUGGCUAAUGCGGUGGUGCUACUAGUCGCCGCCUCAUUCGUGGUAGCCUUCUACUGCGGGAAGAAAUCCCGCGGGCCCUACUCCAUCUCCGGCAGCGAGGGCGGUAAGCGUAGGAGCAGCUAUUCCGGCGAGAAGAGGGUUUACGCCGGCGCAGCUGCCGACAGCGACGGAACCACCGCGACAGAUCGUAGCAGGCUAGUGUUUUUCAACCGGAGGAAGCAGUUCGAGCUGGAGGAAUUGCUCCGAGCUUCCGCAGAGUUACUGGGGAAGGGCAGUUUGGGAACGGUUUACAAGGCGGUUCUGGACGACGGCCGGCCGGUGGCCGUGAAAAGGCUGAAAGAUGCCAAUCCUUGUGGCCGGAAAGAGUUUGAACAGUGUAUGGAUGUGAUUGGGAGGCUUAAUCAUCCCAACAUUGUUAAACUCAGAGCUUACUAUCACGCCAAGGAAGAAAAAUUGCUGGUCUAUGAUUAUCUGCCAAACGGGACUUUACAUUCCCUUCUUCAUGAUAAAAGAGGAGCAGGGAGAGUCCCAUUAGAUUGGACCACAAGACUUGGGUUGGUGUUGGGGGUAGCAAGGGGUUUUUCUCACAUUCACCAAGAAUACGAGGAUUCCAGAAUCCCGCACGGGAAUCUGAAAUCCUCGAACAUCUUGCUGGACAAGAACGGGACAGCCUGCAUCUCCGAUUUCGGGCUGUCCUUGCUUCUCAACCCGGCCCACGCCGUUGCGAGGCUAGGCGGUUACAAGGCGCCCGAACAGGCAGAGAUAAAGAGGCUGUCCCAAAAAGCAGACGUGUACGGCUUCGGGGUUCUUCUCUUGGAAGUGCUCACCGGCCGAAAGGUCCCUUCCCCGGGGGACCCGGCGUUCGAUUUGCCGAAGUGGGCCCGGUCGGUGGUGAGGGACGAGUGGACGGCGGAGGUGUUUGACGAAGAACUAUUGAGGUACAAGAACAUCGAGGAGGAGCUCGUGUCGGUGUUGCAUAUCGCGUUGGCUUGCGUGAUCCAACAACCGGAGAAAAGGCCGACAAUGGGGGAGGUGGUUAGGGUAAUAGAGGAGAUGAGGUUGGUGCAAUCGCCGCUAGGGGAGGAGGAGGGGUACCGCGAGUCGCGGGACUCGAUCUCCCCCUCCCUUGCGGCCACCACGGAAGACGGAAUUCCAUGAUUUCCUAUACGCAUUGCGCCAUGGUCUAUAUAUACGUAGUAUCUAAUUUUGUUUUCCUUUGGUUUUUCUGCAACGGCUUUGUAUUCUAUGGAGCCUUUUGAAAGGUAAGAGAGACCAAUGAAAUCGUCAUUCCUGAUUUGAUUUGGUGGUUGGAAUGAAUUUACUUACAAAGU